AUGGCCACGACAACUUGUACGCGAUUUACGGACGAAUAUCAACUGUACGAGGAGCUGGGGAAGGGAGCCUUUUCAGUUGUACGCCGAUGUGUCAAGCUGUGUACAGGACAAGAGUAUGCUGCCAAAAUAAUCAACACUAAAAAGCUGUCUGCCAGAGAUCAUCAGAAGCUGGAACGAGAAGCCCGAAUUUGUCGCCUCCUAAAACACCCCAACAUUGUGCGUCUUCAUGACAGUAUAUCAGAGGAGGGCUUUCACUACCUGCUGUUCGACCUGGUGACCGGAGGGGAACUCUUUGAGGACAUUGUAGCCAGAGAAUACUACAGUGAGGCAGAUGCAAGUCACUGUAUCCAUCAGAUUCUAGAAAGUGUUCAUCACAUUCACCAACAUGACAUAGUGCACAGAGACCUAAAGCCUGAGAACCUUCUCCUGGCAAGUAAAUGCAAGAAUGCAGCAGUGAAACUGGCUGACUUUGGCCUGGCCAUCGAGGUUCAAGGAGAUCAACAGGCAUGGUUUGGGUUUGCCGGCACACCAGGGUACCUUUCGCCUGAAGUGCUGAGGAAAGAGGCAUAUGGUAAACCUGUGGACAUCUGGGCCUGUGGGGUGAUUCUCUACAUCCUGCUGGUGGGGUACCCUCCUUUCUGGGACGAGGACCAGCACAAGCUGUACCAACAGAUUAAGGCUGGGGCCUACGACUUUCCUUCUCCAGAAUGGGACACAGUGACCCCUGAGGCCAAAAAUCUGAUCAACCAGAUGCUGACCAUUAACCCAGCCAAAAGGAUCACCGCUCAGGAGGCCCUCAAACACCCGUGGGUCUGCCAACGAUCUACAGUGGCGUCUAUGAUGCACAGACAGGAGACUGUGGAGUGCCUGAAGAAAUUCAACGCCAGGAGGAAACUCAAGGGAGCCAUUCUCACAACCAUGCUGGUAUCUAGAAAUUUCUCUGUGGGCAGUAGGCAGACCACAGCUCCAGCCUCAGUGACUGCAGCUGCUGCAGCUGUGGCAGCGGCUGCCGGCACCACCGCAGGCCUGGUGGAACAAGCAGCCAAGACUUUGCUGAACAAAAAGGCAGAUGUCAAGACAUGCAAGUCCAGCUCAACUGUCCAGUACAUGCCCCAGACAAACAGCACCAAAAACAGCAUAGUCACCAGCCCCAAAGGAAACAUCCCUUCACCUGCACUGGAGCCACAGACAACUGUCAUCCAUAACCCAGUGGACGGGACAAAGGAAUCAUCGGACAGCAGCAACACCACAGUGGAGGAUGAAGACGUGAAAGGAAACUGCUCAGUUAAGGCCCAGCCCUCCCCCUGCUCCCAGUCUGUGAGUCAGGGUGCUGCUGUGCACUCCGCUGCUAAGUUUGCUGACCUGCUGGGAUCAGUGCGUAGAGGUUCAGGGCCCACAGCGGACGGCGAGGCCCCCCCCUCAGCCUUCUCUGCCCCCUCACCCCCACACACCCCUGCCGUCCCAAUGCAGAUGUCCAGGCUCACAGACUUGGUUAGCAGUGUGCGUAAGAUUCCUGCUCCUCCUUCGGCCCCCGCCGCCCCUCCCUCUGAUAGUGAAGCCCCUGUGCCCAGUCCCAGGUCUCACCUGGCCUCAGCGCAAGCCACCCCCCCACCUCCACCUCAGCCUCCCUCCAGUCCCUUCCCAUCCUCCGCUCAGACACGCAAGCAAGAAAUAAUCAAGAUCACAGAACAGCUCAUAGAAGCAAUCAACAACGGAGACUUUGAAGCUUACGCAAAGAUUUGUGAUCCUGGACUGACAUCUUUUGAACCAGAGGCACUGGGCAACUUGGUAGAAGGAAUGGAUUUCCACAGAUUUUACUUUGAAAACCUUUUGGCUAAGAACAGCAAACCCAUCCACACUACCAUCUUAAACCCUCACGUGCACCUGAUUGGAGAGGAUGCUGCCUGUAUCGCUUAUAUCCGCCUGACGCAACAGCAAGUGGCAGAACAUCCACUUCCACUGCUCCGGAGCGCCUGCUGCACCGCUGCAGUGAGGUUAAAUGCCAUGUUGUGUCUGAAAGGAGUGCUCUACUAA